UGUGUCAACUUCCAGAGAAGUCUCUUCUCUUCCAAGUUACUAAUCAGGCUGAGACACAUAGAGCUGAAGAAAGGGGCUAGAAGGAAAGACGUGUCGUGCUGCCAAUGGGCUAAGAGGAUUCAGCAUCGAGAAGUCGACCAGAGGGAGCCUCACCAUGUCCAGAGCUCCUUUUACACCUGUGUGGAGGAACAGAGCUGAGUGAAGGGCAGAAAAAAAAGAAAACAGAAAUGCACUGCCCUUGGAUAACUUCUGAUCUGCAGCUACUACUGAUUUUGACUCUCUUCUUAGUUGUAGAAUGCAUAAGUACAGGAAUGGAAGUUCUCGUUACAUCAAACAACUCAUUAAUGCAGUCGAUGGGCAAGGACAAUGGCAGUUGGGCUUCAACAAUUAUUUCUUCAACUGCGGACAGAAAGCAGAGCACUAUAACACCUCUUGCAGAAGUAAUACGAUCUUUAUUUGGCCAUGAAAUGCUAAGGCUUGAGUAUAUCACAGAGGAGGCAGAUGACACCAAAAGGAGAGGAGAAAUAUUAAAUGUAAAGUUUAGAAAAAAUAAGCUUCAUCUGAAUAAAAAUUUUGUCGCUAGAGCUGGUUCUGUUCAUGUUAAACUGAUGAAAUCACUGACACUGUAUGUGCUUCCAGUUAACACUUCACUACUGGUACUAGUGGAUACAAAGGCUAUGCUCUCUUGCCCUGCUGUGCUGUGGACAAGUGUGCUGCUAGCAACAUGGGAAAUAGUCCUCAGAGACAAGCCGCCCUGCCUCAGAGCCUUCAGGAGUGACACAAAUGAGACCACGGGAGGAAACUGUACCGACAAGAGGAUAACCUGGGCCUCCGGACUUGACAAGAAUCCUGCUCUUCACAUUGAUCCAGUGGCCAUCACUCAUGAUGGGUAUUACAGGUGUCAAAUAGUAAUGCCUGCUGGGAAUUUCCAUCAUGGAUAUAACCUCCAAGUGUUAGUGCCCCCUGAGGUGACCCUGGUUCAAACUGAAAAUGGAACUGCAGUGUGCAAGGCAUUUGCAGGAAAGCCGGCUGCACAAAUCUCCUGGACCCCGGAGGGAGACUGUGUCACUGAGCAAGAACCUUACUGGGGCAAUGACACAGUGACCGUCCAGAGUACAUGCCGGUGGGAAGACCGCCAUGUACCUAAUGUGUCCUGCUCUAUCUCCCACUUGACUGGCAACAGGAGUCUGUCCAUAGAGCUGAAUCAAGGUGCCAAAACACCAUCCUCAGGAAUUUUAUCUAUCAUCUCCCCUGUUUUUAUUAUCUUGGUCAUCGUGGGAUCUAUUUGGCUUUUGAAAAUCAGUGGCUGCAGAAAAUGUAAAUUGAAAAAAACAGAACCUACUCCAGUUGUUGAGGAGGAUGAAAUGCAGCCCUAUGCCAGCUACACAGAGAAGAACAAUCCACUUUAUGAUACUACAGACAGAGUGAAGACCUCUCCGUUGUUACAAAAUGAAGUUGAUGGGAUGAGUCUCCAUACUGUAUAUGUUUCUGGAAUGUAGCACCAAGACAAAGGAAUCAAGAUACAGUACAGAUACUGUUUUGAUUUUCUUAGAAUUCUGGAAUGGAAGGCCUAUUUUGAAAUUAGCUUUCCAAAGCUUCUUAGAAGACAGAGAUAUUUUAGAGGAUUUGCAUCCAUAUCCUUAUACAUUUGAAAUUUUAGAAUUUUAGCUGUCACUAGCUAGUUCUUUGAAGAACUGAUAUUAUUACAAAGAAGGCACAUGCUCAUGAUAAAAUAUUCAAAUUGUUCAGUAUAGUAGAUGAUGAAAACUGAGUUACCUCAAAUAACUCCACAGAAAGAACAAUUACCAACAGUUUUUAUGUAAUCUUCUAGAAAAUUUCUAUGUGCAUAUGUCAUAUCUAUACACAUGGUAUAUGUGUACACUUAUAUGUCCAUUUACAUAUACAUACACAUAUCCUUGUCACGACAUGAAUGGGAACAUACCAUAAUUUUGUUCUGUACUUAUAGAAAGCUAAUAAUGUAAUAUAUCCUGAAGAUCUUUUAUGUCAGCACAAGCAGAGCUACCUCAUUCUUCCUAAUAGUUACAUAAAAUUCCAUUGUAUGUAAUGGAAUUUAAUUUAAUUAAUCACACCCCCAGUAGUGGACAUUUAGGUUAAGUUUUGUUUGUUUUGCUAUUAUAAAUAAUACUACAUAGAAUGCUUCUUGUGGAUAUAUCUCCUCCUAUGUGUUUGAAUAUAUUUGUAAGAUAAUUUCCUUGAGUGAAAUUGCCAGGUCAAAGGGUUUGUGCAUUUCUAUUAUUGACUGAUAUGUUAAAUUGUAUCAAUUUACAUUUCCUCCAACCCUGUUUGAAUGUGCCUUUUAUGUUAUUUUAAUAUCUGUAAAAUGCUAACCUCCUGUUAGCUAAUAUGAUAUAAGAUUAUAACAACAAUUUCACUAUUUAAUAAAGCUGAAUUUAUCUUUUCCUUUCAUACGUGCACGCGCGCGCGCGCACGAGAGAGUGAGGGAGGGAGAGAGGGAGGACACACAUGCACACAUGUGAGGACAUUAGCUUCUUCUGACCUUAUAUCUCUACAGAGGUAUUGCUAUCUAAUGCCUAAUAGUUUUGCAGAUGUGGUACAUUGGAAAUGUGUGUUUUUGUGGUGUACACUUUAUUAUGAUGUAUUUAUCAAAUAAAAAAUGUUUAUUGACUGUAUAACCAGCUAGAUAUGCAUUAUGGAGGACUUGGGAUAUUUAUAAAAUAUGAUCUAUAUGCUAAAGGAAUGGGCAUGGGAUGGCAUGACCCUUUCCUCCAUUUUUCUAUGGAAUAAAAUA